AUGGGUAAUGUCAGCAGUUGCUGCGAGUCUUGCUUUCAUUCUCGCAAGUCCCAGUCGUACGAACCGUUACUGCUCGAGAACGAAAGAGAGGCCGUAGCGGACCUGUUGCAGUUCCUUGAGAAUCGCACAACCACCAACUUCUUCGAGGGACCGCCUCUGGACGCCCUCACCACUCUCUCAUUCUCCGACAAUGUCGACCUGCAGCGCAGCGCCGCUCUUGCCUUCGCCGAAAUAACGGAGAAGGAGGUUCGCCUUGUCGGUCGUGACACCCUCGACCCGAUAUUAUUCUUAUUGGGCAGCCAUGACACGGAAGUACAACGAGCUGCAAGUGCAGCGUUAGGCAAUCUCGCAGUAAACGUUGAGAACAAGCUUCUCAUCGUCAAAUUGGGUGGCCUCGAGCCUCUAAUCCGACAAAUGCUCAGCCCGAACGUCGAAGUCCAGUGCAAUGCAGUGGGCUGCGUAACGAAUCUCGCAACACAUGAUGAUAACAAGACGAAGAUCGCGAAAUCUGGGGCCUUGGUUCCGCUUACCCGCUUGGCUCGUUCCAAGGAUAUGCGUGUUCAGCGAAACGCAACCGGUGCCCUGUUGAAUAUGACGCAUUCAGACGAGAACAGGCAACAGCUCGUGAACGCAGGAGCUAUUCCGGUUCUCGUCAGCCUUCUUAAUUCUCCUGACACCGAUGUCCAAUACUACUGCACGACUGCGCUUAGCAACAUUGCUGUAGAUGGUGCAAAUCGGAAGAAGCUCGCCCAAAGUGAACCCAAACUAGUGGCAAGCUUGGUCGCUCUUAUGGAUAGUCCGAGUCUCAAGGUUCAGUGCCAAGCGGCGUUAGCUCUCCGUAACCUCGCCAGCGAUGAGAAGUACCAGUUAGAAAUCGUGAAGGCAGAUGGUUUACAGUCUCUUCUUCGAUUACUUCAAUCAAGCUACCUUCCCCUUAUCCUCUCCGCGGCCGCCUGCGUCCGAAACGUGUCCAUACAUCCCCAGAACGAGUCGCCUAUCAUCGAGUCUGGAUUCCUUCAACCUCUCAUCAACCUCCUGUCCUUCAAGGACAACGAAGAAGUCCAAUGUCACGCGAUCUCUACUCUUCGUAACUUAGCGGCUAGUUCGGAGAAGAACAAGACUGCGAUUGUGAAAGCAGGGGCUGUACAGUCCAUCAAAGAUCUCGUCUUGGAAGUCCCGAUGAACGUACAGAGUGAAAUGACUGCGUGUGUGGCGGUGUUGGCGCUCAGUGAUGAAUUGAAGCAGCAGUUGCUAGAGAUGGGCAUCUGUGAAGUGCUCAUCCCUCUGACAAAUUCACCAAGCUCGGAAGUUCAGGGCAACAGCGCAGCAGCAUUGGGCAACCUCUCUUCGAAAGAUGGUCGUAUUACGAAUGACGACUACUCCGCCUUCAACGACGUCUGGGAAAAGCCAGACGGCGGCAUGCAUAGAUAUUUGUAUAGAUUCCUAACGAGUCAUGACGUGACGUUCCAGCACAUCGCUGUGUGGACAAUAGUGCAACUAUUGGAAUCCGGCGACCCUCAACUUAUCAGCAACAUCCGCAGUUCCAGCCUCCUCAUCCCGAAUAUACGUAACCUCGCGCGCACUCCUUCCCAGUCGUCCUCCCCCGACGGCACGCCCGGCUCACAUCAUUCCCGUGCUGCGUCGUUCCAAGAGACGGAGACGGGUGAUGGGCAGAGCGAGAUAUUGCUCCUUGGAAGACGGAUAAUCGAGAUCAUUGAGGGAGAUGCGGAUCCUAUGAUUCCAUCAAGUGCCUCGCACUCUCAUAUGCAGCCCGGGUCGUCCAUCGCGAGCUCGGCACACGAAGAACUCAGGAAGAGUGUACGAGAGGCAUUCUCUAGCGGUUCACAUAGAUGA